AUCUCUGAUUAGCGAUGCAAAUUUUCGUGAUCGUUGCAAUUAUAUUAACCACUACACUUGUACAUGCUGAACUUCAUUCGAUGGUUGGCAUAAUUAGCAACAAUAGUGCUAUAAUCGGAAUAAUUUUAUCCAUUCAUGUAUGUGAGAGAAAUGCCAGUAACCAGAAACCAUUAGAUUAUUGUGAUGGCUUCCAAAAUUCAGUAGACUAUUGCUUUCCAUAAAAAUGUCGUUCGAAAUUCAGAGGGGCACCUUUUCCAGGAGACUCCCACAGUUCGUUGCAGCAGGGUCAGCUGCAUUGGGAGCCCUAGCAUUGGGGACUGUUGCUGGCUGGACAUCUACUUCCUUGCCUGACAUGAAACUUGAGCCAGAAUUUAUUCAUGUGUCGAAUGAAUCAUUUUCGUGGGUGGGAUCCAUUGCCCCUAUUGGAGCCUGCGUAUCAGGACCCUUAUCUGGCUUUCUUCUAGGGGUUAUAGGUCGAAAAGGCACCAUGUUAUUAAUUUCACCUCUGUUUGUAUUGGGAUGGCUCCUCAUUGGAUUUGCAACCAGUAUUGACAUGGUCUACGCUGGAAGGUUUCUCACAGGAGUUGGAGGUGGAACAUUUUCAUUAGUUGUCCCAUGUUAUGUAAGCGAAUGUUCGGAAAGUUGCAUUCGGGGCACAUUGGGGAGUGCUUUGCAACUGAUGAUUAACUUUGGCGUCCUGAUCGCGUUUACAGUUGGAUAUUUUGUGAAUUGGAGUACACUGGCUUUUGUGAGCAGCUCGAUUCCUGUCAUUGUGUGUGGACUCAUGCUCCUAAUGCCCGAGUCACCUCGUUACCUUUUGAUGAAAAAGAAUAAAGUGGCUGCAUCCAAGGCGUUGCAAUGGCUUCGAGGGGCUACGUCUCACGAGGAAGUGAUGGAAGAAUUGAAUUUGGUUCAAGCAGCAAUUGAGGAUGACAACGGUGUCACUUUCAGAGAUUACCUCAGCCCAUGCAUUUUAAAGCCCGUCACAAUUAGUUUGGCCCUCAUGCUUUAUCAGCAAUGGAAUGGAAAUAAUGCAGUCAUUUUUUACACUGUUCAAAUAUUUCAAGCGGCCGGGUCUUCUUUAAAUCCUAAUAUCGCCACAAUAAUAGUUGGAGCUAUUCAAGUUAUUGCCUCGAUUGUUGCGGCUGCACUGAUGGAUAAGGCCGGACGACGAAUCUUGCUGUUGGUAUCCGGUGUGAGCAUGACCAUAGCAUUGGCCGUGAUGGGAGGCUUCUUCCAAAUGAAGGAAGAUCUCAUGGACAUUGACGACUUGGGAUGGUUACCACUCUUGUGUUUAGUGGUAUUCAUUGUAGGAUUUAGCUUGGGGUUUGGUCCGAUUGCGUGGCUCUUAGCAGGAGAAAUAUUGCCAUCCAAAGUUCGAGGAAUUGCUUCUGCUUUGGCCACCUCUUUUAAUUGGUUCAAUGCUUUUGUUGUCACUAAAGCUUUUGACAACAUACAGCUAAGCAUUGGAAUCCAAUGGUGCUUUUGGAUAUUCGCAAUCAUCACAGUUUUUGCAAAUGCGUAUGUUUACGUAUGUGUACCCGAGACGAGGGGAAAAACUUUGGAAGAAAUUCAAAUGCUAUUUGUACCAAGGAAGACGUAUUCCUAGAAUAAUAAAUUUUUAUUUCAUUUGAUUAAACUGGAAA